UGCUCGUCCUCGUGAAUACUCUAGGAUCAGCAAGACCAAGAAGAAGGUUUUCCGCACUUACGGUGGUUCCUUGUGCCACAAGUGUCUCCGCCAAAGGAUCGUUCGUGCCUUUCUCAUCGAAGAGCAGCGCAUUGUCAUUAAGGUUCUGAAAGCACAGCAAGGACCUGUGCGCCCGGCGGGAAAGCAAAAAUAGCGAAUUUCAAUCGCGUUGCUUUGUUUGCUUGGUAUAAAAGAAUGCUUCGUGUUGAUCGUGUGUUUCUUUGCGCUGAGUGCGGGAAAUGGGUUCUCUUCCCUCUACAACCCCGACCUCGCCUUCCUUUAAUAUCUAGGAACUGAAUCAAUAGCCUUAUCGAAAAUUACCAAAUUGAACUUACGGUGACCAAACCUGACCCUUCUCAAGUGAACCUCAUGAAAACCAAGUGAGACACCAGAAAAACGUGGCAUGAUUCGAAGACACAUUUAUAGAUACUUGAGUUAAUGGUGAUGCUUGGGCGUUAAAGUGAAGAGAACCGGGAGAAACAUUUCAAAUUGAUUCAACUUUUCAAGGUAAAUUUCCUUUAGAUUUCUUCGGUACAACCGCUGUUCCAUGGUCUUCUGGAUUAAUUUUGGCUGUGUUUCGAAGUUUUUGUACCGGUUUCCUGUAUUUCGCGUGUGUGUGCGGAAAGAUUUUUACGAUAUUUGCUAAUUGAAUUAAUUCGGGAGUGAGUCUUCCCGUGAUCCUCGUCUUCAUCCGCCGAACGUGGUCAUUAACACUAUGUCUCACCAAACUGGAAUUACUGCCAACGAUGAACUUCUGCGAUUCUUCGGGGAUUGUAAAAGUGGUCACUACCGUGCCGCAAAGGUGUCCAUCAUACAAGAGGAGCUGAGGCUUGUGGAUACUUUUCAUCACCGUGGGAAUUGGGAAUCAGAUUUUGACUCUAUUGUGCCGAAAUUAGUCGUCGACAAACAGCCUUGUUUUGUGUUGUUCAGGCUUGAUGUCAGGAGUGCUUCUGGAUACGAAUGGCUUUUAAUCAGCUGGUCUCCGGAUGAUUCACCGGUAAGGGAAAAAAUGCUUUACGCUUCAACCAAGGCGACUUUCAAGAAACUCUUCGGGUCCAUCACGGAAGAGUUCUUCGCGACGAGACGCGAUGAAGCCACGGCUGCCGGUUACGUUCGUCACAAGCGAGACUACAAGGGACCUGGCCCUCUUACAACUGCGGAGGAAGAGCUGAGAGAGUUGAACAAGCUCACUAUUGAGAGCACUUCUCCUCAAGGUAGCAUUUCCGGGAUCGCGUUUCCGAUGUCCAAGGAGGCGAAAGAUCGUUUGCAGAGCUUUGGUCGUGGAGAAAUUGACUAUGUGCAACUGAGUCUCGAUAUUCUGAACGAGCGCAUCAACCUUGAGCGUGCCGAUGCCUGUGAUGUGCGAGAUUUUAAUGCGAUACUACCUGGAGCGAAGGGUCGUUAUCACCUCUUCCGAUAUAAGCAUGCUUAUGACGGAGAUUACCUGGAUAGUGUCGUUUUUGUCUACGUCAUUCCCGGAGCUGGAUGUUCGAUCAAAGAGCGAAUGCUUUCUUCGAGUUGCAAAGGCCCUGUGACAGACACCAUUGAAAACGCGUUCAGAAUACCGAUUGCUAAAAAGAUCGAAAUCGACGUCGGAGUCCAAGUGGACGAUGCCUUCCUCUUGGAUGAGCUUCAUCCGAAAAGCAGUCUUCAUCGACCGAAAUUCUCAAAGCCCAAGGGUCCUUCAAAUCGCGGGCCUCGUCGUUUGCUGAAAGACGGUAUUCAGUCAUGAUUGCUGCGGGUGUUGGAAUCUUGCUGGCUAUCUUCCGGAUGAAAGCCCCGUCAACGUUUCGGGCGUUCUGCUAUUCAUUGGAAGUCCAUUAUUUUUAUCACCUGUGCAUGCUCGGGGCCACCGCUUUUUUUUUUUUUUUUGCGUCAUUAGCGAUUUUUUGUUUGUUU